AUGAAUCGGAUUUACAUUAUUCCAUCGGAUUGGCUCGCCCACCUGCCUCAGUGGGCUCAGGAGCUUCUCCGUUCACCUCUUUUCUACGGCACUACUAUUUGUAUCGCUCUUGGAACAUCCCCUCUUUGGGCCCCAGGGCUCCGAAAUCUUCCUCCUUUCAGAAGCUUCCGCAUUUGGACCUUCGGGGGGCUUAGACUCCCUCGUCCAUUGACUCUGGUGGUUUUUCUGCCUUUCGGUCGUAGACCUCUUGAGCCACACGUGGUAGUCCCAGCUCCUUUACCAGUCUUUGGUCCCGAAGAAGACCCUUUGGCGCAUAUCCCUGAUAUGGAGGAUGAUGGCGGUCCUGAGUCCCCAAUUGAUCGGACAGUUGAACAGAGUGGCUAUUUCAUUAUGGACCCUCUAGCAAUUGCUCAUGUUAACUCUACCUAUGGCAAUGACUUUUCCCAGGUGCCACUCAUUAGACUUACUGCCGAAGAUUAUCCCAUCAAUCCUUGGAUUUGGCAUGGUUACCAGUCUCCAGAAGAGGAGGCAACAGAGGAUGACGACUCUGAGUACUAUAAUCCUUUACCGGGUGGUAGUUUUCUACGCUUCAGCGGCUUUGCUCGUGCCUGGCUAUCCCAAUGGUUUGGUGCCCAGGCCGCUGUUGAUCGGAAUCAGAGAAACGCUACUCUGGCUCGAAUCUCCGAGAUUGGUAUCACAGGGAUUUUUGUAGAAGCACCUAAUGAGGUCGUUCAAGGUAAUGCAGAGGAUCCUUCUACUCAGAAUCCCAUCGAACGUGAACGUUCUCUAUCGUCGGUUAACUCGGAUUUAGAUAGCAGUGCUAUCAGUGAACGGCUUCUUGUGUCUACAUUCGCUAGACAUCUUUCGCAGUACGCGUCUCCGGAAGAUGAUCAUGAGAGUGAGAACGAGUCUAACAGCCCAAUCGCUGCGCAGCCUGCGCCUGUUUCGGCUCCCGACACCCAAGAAACGCGCACAGAAGUUGGGGAAAUUUCGUUUAUCGAGAAUUACUUUGCAAACAUCCGCGGCGACGCCCCUCACGACCGCGAUGGACCCUUUGACAACUAG